GAUGUUGUUGCUAAUAAUAAUAAUUUUAGCUGAUUAAGACAAAGAAUUUGGCGAGAAGGAGAAAUGUGUUCCAAAAUUGUUUUAGAAUACACAGAACAGAGGUCUACAUAUUUAAAAUUAAUGUUUUCUUAAAAUGUUGUGGACAUUAAGAUAGUAAAGAAUUGACUCAUUUAAUUUAAGAAGAGGAAGAUAAAAAUAGAAGAUUUAAAUGUGUAUGUCAAAAUAGCAACUGAAUUUGUUAAUAGAAUACAUGAAUUAAAUCAAUAUAUUAUACGGAUGA